UUUGUAUUUUCAAAGGUGGUGUCUCACGUGAUCCUUUUUCACAUGGCGGACGAAGGCUCCAUAGUUGAAGUGACCGAACUAAAAGCAGCUAGUACUGCAGCCGAGGAGGAGAGGGAGGGAAAAGACAAAAAAGAACAAGAAACGGGAAAAGUUUUAUAUGAUGCCUCGCAUCAGCAAAAGACUGCGGACCUACUGGAUGGGGCUCAAUCAUUGAUCACAGUCGUCGUACUCUGCCUGUGCUGUAUUGCUUCAUUCUCCAGUCGUUUGUUUGCUGUCAUUAGAUUCGAAUCAAUCAUACAUGAGUUUGAUCCAUGGUUUAACUAUCGAUCAACACAUUACAUGUCUGAGCAUGGCUUCUAUGAUUUCCUCAACUGGUUUGAUGACAGAGCAUGGUACCCCCUGGGGAGGAUUGUUGGAGGAACAGUAUAUCCUGGUCUAAUGGUCACGUCAGGGUUCAUACAUUUUGUACUUAAUUCUCUCAAUAUUUCAGUUCACAUUAGAGAUGUCUGUGUGUUCCUUGCACCAACCUUCAGUGGUUUUACUUCCAUUGCAAUGUUUCUCUUCACUCGUGAGGUUUGGAACACAAGAGCUGGUUUGUUCAGCGCCUGUUUCAUUGCCAUUGUACCUGGUUACAUUUCAAGAUCUGUUGCUGGCAGCUACGAUAAUGAAGGAAUUGCCAUUUUUGCAUUGAUGUUCACAUACUUCUUAUGGAUGAAAUCAGUAAAGACAGGAUCUGUAUUCUGGGCAGCUGCUACUGCUCUCUCCUACUUCUACAUGGUGUCUGCUUGGGGUGGUUAUGUCUUCAUUAUUAAUCUUAUUCCAUUACAUGUUCUUGUUCUAAUGAUAAUUGGUCGGUUCUCUAACAGAGUAUUAGUUGCUUACACAACUUUCUAUAUAGUUGGACUUGUAUUCUCAAUGCAAGUCCCAUUUGUUGGAUUUCAACCAAUUAGGACCAGUGAACAUAUGGCAGCAGCUGGCAUGUUUGCUCUCUCCAUAGCGUACAGUUUCUUGAAGUAUGUUCAAGGGCGUGUCACAUGGAGACAGUUCAGGCAGUUGUUUAUUGUGUCAGUGAUAGUAUCAGCUGGUCUAGUGUUUGCAGCUGUAGUGGGUCUCACUUAUGCUGGAGUCAUUGCUCCUUGGAGUGGAAGAUUCUAUUCACUUUAUGACACAGGAUAUGCUAAGAUACAUAUCCCAAUCAUUGCUAGUGUCAGUGAGCAUCAACCAACCACCUGGACCUCAUUCUUCUUUGAUCUUCAUGUGCUAGUCUGUAUGUUUCCUUCAGGGGUCUGGUUUGUAAUGAGGCACCUUAACGACGUCAGAGUAUUUGUUGUUCUCUAUGCAGUGUCUGCUGUGUAUUUUGCUGGUGUGAUGGUUCGUCUGAUGCUAACAUUAACUCCAAUAGUUUGUGUACUAGCAUCAAUCAGUGUAUCACAUGUACUUGAUGGAUUCAUGUUGAACAAAGACGAUGAAUCAUAUGAUAAAGUUAAGAGUGACAGUGAAUCAGCUACAGGAGGAGGAGGGGGAGGAGCUACUAGUCCUUUGAAGAAACCAAAGAAAGAGAAAAAGAAGAAAGAGAAAGACCAAACUGAAACAAAAUCUUCUGCUGCAACAUCAACUUCAAAGAAAUCAACAGACUCAACUGAUAAGGAUGGUGGUGUGACAGGUGCCAGUGGUUUCAAUGUUGGUUCAAUCGCUAUUUUAGUUUUUAUGAUGUUCCUCGUAUUGUUUGCUGUACAUUGUACGUGGGUGACUAGCUCCGCCUACUCAUCACCUUCUGUAGUACUGGCAUCUAGUAACCCUGACGGUUCACGUCUGAUUCUUGAUGAUUUCCGUGAGGCCUAUUACUGGCUACGUCAGAACACUCCUGAUGAUGCCACAGUGAUGUCAUGGUGGGACUAUGGGUACCAGAUAGCAGGAAUGGCCAACCGGACAACACUAGUUGAUAAUAAUACCUGGAAUAACUCACAUAUUGCUCUAGUUGGUAAAGCAAUGAGCAGUACUGAAGAGAAGGCGUAUGAGAUAAUGAGAAACCUAGGAGUGGACUAUGUGCUGGUUAUAUUUGGUGGUAUGAUCGGGUACUCUGGGGACGAUAUUAACAAGUUCCUAUGGAUGGUGAGGAUCGCUGAGGGAGAACAUCCUAACGAUAUAAAGGAGUCGAGGUAUUUCACUCCACAAGGCGAGUUCAGAGUUGAUUCUGCUGGUUCCCCUGUCCUCCUCAAUUGUCUGAUGUAUAAAAUGUGCUACUAUAGAUUUGGUGAAGUACAGCAUAGUUACAAUACACCAGGUGGUUAUGACAGGACCAGGAAUGUUGAGAUUGGUAAUAAAAAUGUGAAGUUCACACAUUUAGAGGAAGCCUAUACAACAGAGCACUGGCUAGUGAGAAUAUACAAAGUUAAGGAUUUAGUCAAUCGAGUACGUUCUAGCAACAGUUUACGUCACGUCUUUACUAAAAAGAGACUAUCAAGCCGCAAGAGUUAUGGUUCAAAGAAACGGGGUAACAUUAGAAAUAAACUGACAGUCAUUAAAGGAAAAAGACCAAACAAGAAGAAAGGAAAGAAGAACAACAAGUCUUGAACUAUGACAAACUGUCUGAUUAGGUACCGUUAUUAUUAAAGUUAUUAUUAUUAUUAUUCUUAUUUUCUUUUUU